CGUGGAAUACCUGCAUAUUCCAGACCUGCGCGAUUCGACUGUGUGAUUAGCCGCAGCCUCUUUCCGCUUGACCUCGUUUCUCACAGCCCAAGUGAAUGUCAACACAUUACGUUCAGCCUCACGACAAGGACAACGAUGCAUGGAUGCUUCGCCGCAUAAUGUCGGAUGGAUGGCGGUGGCGCUGUUGCUUGGCCUGCCUCCAGAAAACGUAGCGAUGCAAAAAGCACCUGGGCGUGUCGCCGUUGCCGCCCCUACCGCUGUAGCCUCAUUCCGGCUCUUUCAUACCCCCAACUUCCCUAGCAGAAUUGGUAGCCUCAGACGGACAGAUCCUCAACAAAGGUACCUAUUCGCCUCGGCCCUUUCCCCGGUGUGACUAGACGUCACGUCACUUCUCACGGCAUGUCAAAGUCCAUAAGUCAGCUGCCAUCAGACACCUGUUCAUCAGUAAUGUCGUCUGAGUCGUUCCAGGAGAAAGCAAGCUGUCUUUGUCGGCGGAAUCGACCGUGACAGUUGCAGGCGCAAACGCCCACCCAAUCUGACAAUGAGAACCGUGCCCAGGGUUCAACAAUAAAA